AUGUAUAUUAUUAUAUCCCUAAUAUUAUGUUUAUUGAAUUUUCCAUCUUAUAUUUUGGGUGCACCAGCCACCACAUUAUUCAUUCCUAAACGGGACACAUUUGAUCCAUCAAGUGCAUUUAAUUCAGCUAUCAAUGCCACAUGGUCAGUAUUUUGGAAUGAUCAAUAUCAAGCAUUCUCUGAAAAUGAUCCAGGAUGUUCUACUCCAAAUACAAAUAAUUUCACAUAUACUUCAGUUUGGAAUUUAGCAGUUGUUGGUAAAGCCAUUGUUGAAUCUGGAGAUGUUUCUAAAACUAUAAAUGUAAUUAACAAUUUAUAUCAAUAUCAAAAUGAUCAAGGUUGGUUUUCUACAACUCCGAAUUCUCCUGAAAGUUUUGUUGAUGAUAAUUGUCAAGUAUUGUGGGUUUUCAUAGAAGCUUAUAAAUUGACAUCGAAUGAAAAAUAUUUAACCACCGCUAAUCAAUUGAUGCAAUUAAUUCAACAACAAUGGUCCAAUAUUGGUGGAGUGAUUUGGAAAGUGGAUUCUAAUUAUAUUGCUUCAAUCUCAACUGUGGAAGCAGCUUUAAGUGCCGUUAAAAUUUAUCAAUAUAAUCAAGAUGAUACAUUAUUGACAUUUGCUAAUAGUUGUCUUGGUUGGUUAGAUGAACAUUUAACUGAUCCAACCGAUGGUUUCUAUUAUGAUGGAAUUGAUAAAACCACUUGGCAAGUAAAUAAGGGGAAAUUAACUUAUACCGUUGGUGUUGCUAUGUCAACAUAUUCAUAUCUUUAUAAAUAUACCAAUGAUUUACAUUAUGUUUUAUAUGCCGUUAAAAAAGCUUAUGGUAGUUUAAAUUCCAAUGUUUUUUUAAGAAGUAAUGGAUAUUGGAAUAAUGAUUUGAAAUAUUUACAUUUAUUAUUUGUUGGAUUUGCUGAUGUAAUUACCAUGUGUGGUCAAAAAGGUUAUAUUGACAAUAUUGUCAAACAAGGUGAAUUCAUUUAUGAAUAUGAUCAAUUACCAAAUUCUUUAGGAAGUUAUCUCGAUUUUACAACUUCACAAACAUUGUAUAAUAGAUAUGUACAAUCAACUGGAGAUUCAAGUAUAGGGUUUCAAUCUAAUGGUGAUAAUAAUAGUCUUUGUGGUAAUCAACCCAAAAGAUCUUUAUUGGAUAAUGCUUCAGCUGCACAAAUAUUUUAUGAAAUUAGCCGAUUUUACUGA